AGCGUACUUUUGGCUCCCAGCAUGGGUUGGAAGCCUCUUCGCGCAGAGAGUGCUCGCACAUGGCCUGUUGCACUGGGAGUUGCCUUGUGGUUUCAAGGUCUGACCUGGGUGGCAAUGGACUCGAGGAGCGCCGCAGAGCAAGUCUUGCGAAAGAAAGUCUGGUCUGUGCGGAAGAAAUGGGAGCUGCUGGGGAGCUAUUCCCAUGAAAAGACGGAGGAAGUGCUGGCAAGCUUCGAGUUGCCAAAGCCGUUGGCAGAAAGAUGCGGCCUUCCGUUUGAAGGCGCAACGUGGCUGGACGCGGUGAAGGCAUUGUGUUCGUCACCUUGCGGGCCGGUGGAGCUUUGGCAACGAGUUGAAGCUCACCCCAUCGUUGAAUAUGUGCACGUGCAGUGUCAAAAUUGCGGCCAUCAAGUGCCGGACACCUUUCCAGCGGAUGAGGACCCAAACCUUUCCGAAGAGGAGCCCACAGACAGCGAGAAGCCCUUGGUCCGUGCAGGGUGGUUUCGCGGGCCGAAGGGGCCCGUUGUCUUUGUUUACAGAUGCCCCUCCUGCGGUUGCACCUCACGAUGGUUCCGCUCUGUUCAUCCGGAGAUCACCCUGAACCCCCGGCGCUGGGGGCGGCUUUGCGGCGAGCAAGAGGAUUUGAAGGCUUGGUUGGCAAAGUACUUGAGCAUUCCGCUUCGCGUUUGCGUGCCGUUGGAUUGGGACCACGUUUGGACUGAAGUCUUCAACGGAGAUCGUUGGGUUCCCUUGGACCAAAACUGUCUUCACUUUGCGCGACGCCUCCACGAAGGCAUCGGCGCUUGGACCCACGUGUUAGCGAUCGGCACCCCGGGCAGCGGUGAUGUGCUGGAGGCCACGGAAGAGGUGACUGAAGCUUACUUGCGUCAUGCAGAAGGCAGUGCAGAAGAGGCACGAUAGUUGGAACGGGGCAGAGAACCUUCAACGUUGGAAAGGACCGACAGAAACAAAGGUGCAUCAGGCUGGUCCUUGAUGUACGUCGGCGCCAACCCUGACAACUGUGAAGGGCUUGGAAUGGCAUUAUGUCAGAGAGCCCUGCGGCCAAGAUUUGGCUGGCAGUUGAUGCACCGCUGGCCGGGUGCGGGCGCUUGGCUGUAGCAUCCUUGGGGCCAACGCAUCGCCGGUCGCGAUGUAUGACAGCAAGGCAUAUGGGCUAACGCGCUUGCUGGGGAUGUGGUGGGCGCCCCUUGUGGGGGAGCAGCGGUUCACAAGUGAGUCGUUUCUCCGUGCGGUUGAAACCGCCCCGACCACCCUCGUUGUCCGUCCAGGACUUUCGUAGAACAGAGGCCGCACAAUUGUUGCUGGCUAGCGGCUAGCAGGUCUCCAAUGUCUCCAAUGCAAUCAGCAGCUAAUGCCUGCGAGUCGGCUCCUGUCCAUUGCCAUGUCCUGUGCCGUGCUAUACCUUCUUGAGUCCUGUUGCUUGUUUUUUUUGUAUGGCUUGUGCUUUGUAGUGGGUGAUGCAGCCCCAUUGCCGGCUUCCCAGGGUGUUUCAAAGAAUGUGAUUGCACAGUGUUGCACGCAUGUUGGCAGGAUCAUUUUGUUUGUGUGCUUUCCUGGUUGAUCUACCAACUUCUAGCUUUCUCAACCCGCAACCAGGUGGAAGCCUGGCGGGUUCAAAUCAUGGCUGCCAGGGCAGACGCGACUGGACAACAGACCCAGAGCAAAACCUGUGAUGGUCACCUUUUGCAGCUGGCCUCCCUCAAGGACAAUGAUAUUACCUUGAUUUUACGCAAUAUCCAAUUAGAAUUUGAUCAAAAAUA